CUACUCAAAACCACAUAAAAAAUGUCAAAAAUACACCUUCCUUGCCCCAAAUUCUUCCUUUUGUUAGCUCUCCUUACCUUUCUACCCUUUUUGAUUAUUUCACAACCUUCCCUCUCAGAACAAGAAAUCCUAUUGCAAAUCAAGCACCAAUGGAGCAAUCAACCACCAAUGAGUUCAUGGAAUUCCACCACCCCCUUUUGUCAAUGGCCUGGAAUCAACUGCACUGGUGGUGUAACAGUCACCGGAAUUUCACUCAAUAGCCAAAACGUUGAAGGCGAAAUCCCAUCAUCCAUUUGUGAUCUCAAGAAUCUCACCCUACUUGAUCUUGGAAACAAUAAUAUCAUAGGUAACUUUCCUACAUUUCUAUACAAUUGUACCAUGCUCCAAAAAUUAGACCUUUCCCAAAACUACUUUGUUGGGAAAUUACCAGAUGACAUAAAUAAACUUCCGCCUACUCUUCAAUACCUUAUCAUUAGCGGUAACAACUUUACUGGUGAUAUCCCACCUUCAUUAGCUCAACUUAAAGGGUUGAUCAACUUGUAUCUAGAUUCCAACUUAUUUAACGGCACGUUCCCAUCCGAGUUGGGACAUUUGAUAAAUCUUGAGGAAUUGGUGUUAGCUUACAACCCUUUUGCCCGGAACAACUUGCCCAAAGAAUUCGGGAAGCUUAUGAAUCUGAAGUUCCUUUGGAUGACUGAAUGCAAUUUGAUUGGUGAAAUCCCAAAAGAAUUUACCAAUCUAACUAGCCUUGUGCAUUUAGACUUGGUUGGAAAUAACUUGGAGGGCGAAAUUCCAAGUGGGUUAUUCUUGCUCAAGAGCUUGAAAAAAUUAUAUCUGUACAAGAAUAGGCUAUUUGGGGGAAUGCCUACCUCAAUUGAAGCCUUGAACUUGGUGGAAUUGGACGUCUCACAAAACAAUUUGACAGGUAUAAUCCCAGACGAUAUUGGAAAGCUGAGAAAAUUAGAGAUUUUGAAUUUGUUUCAAAACCAAUUCCAUGGAAUAAUUCCACCAAGUAUAGGUCAGCUUCCUUCUUUGAAAAGGCUUGGUUUGUUUAUGAACCAGUUUAGAGGUUCACUUCCCUCAGAAUUGGGCCUACACUCAAAACUCGAAAGCUUCGAGGUGUCAGACAAUGCAUUUAUCGGUCAACUGCCGGAGAAUCUUGGCUACAAUGGGGAUUUGUCGAGUAUUGUGGCAUUCAACAACAACCUUAAUGGGACAAUCUCGACUUCUCAAUUGACAGCAAAUCUUAUUUGGCUCGACAUAAGCAAUAACAAAUUUUCAGGUCCUAUUCCAUCUAGUAUUGCCAAAUGUGAAAAUCUUCUUGUGUUCAAGGCAAGCAACAACCAAUUAUGGGGCAAAAUUCCAAUGGAGUUGACUGCUCUCUCAUCUCUUUAUAGUCUUCGACUCGAUGGAAAUCAAUUAUCAGGUGAGCUGCCAUCGAGCCUAAGUUCAUGGGAGUCACUGGCUAUUCUAAACAUUUCAAAGAAUAACCUUUCUGGUCCUCUCCCAGCAGCCUUAGGUUCUAUACCUCACCUUCAAAUUUUGGACUUGUCCCAAAAUAAGCUAUCAGGCCAAAUUCCAUAUAAAUUAACACAGCAAAUAUCACUGCAAAACCUUAUCACACUUAAUCUCUCAUCCAAUAACCUCAAAGGGAAAAUCCCUCGUGAGUUCGACAAUAAGGCAUUUAAUCUCAGUUUCUUGAACAAUGCUAAUUUGUGUUCAGAUAAACAAAUUUCACGUCUUCCUCCAUGUUUUACCUCUCAUCACCGAUAUCUUGUUGAGAUUCUAGUUCCUGGAGCAAUCAUUUUCCUAAUAUUUCUGUGUUUCACUUUCUUCAAGAUAAACAUGGGGAGACAUGAAACGCAUGGUAGUGAGCAACAAGCAUGGGAACUUAAACCAUUUCACCGAAUAGAAUUCACAGAAGCGGUGAUUGUGUCUAGCCUGACAAACAAUAACUUGAUAGGUACUGGGGGGUCAGGAAAGGUAUACAUGGCCCCUGUAAAUGAUUUAGGCAACAAAGUGGCUGUCAAGAGAAUUUGGAAUGGUAGAAAACUAGAAGACGCUCUUGAAAAGCAAUUUCUAACAGAAGUUGAGUUUUUGGGCACAUUAAGGCAUGCUAAUAUAGUGAAGUUGUUGUGUUGUGUCUCAAGUGCGCAAGAAAAGCUUCUUGUAUAUGAAUAUAUGGAGAAUCAGAGUCUUGAUAAGUGGCUUCACAAGAGACGAAGAGCAAAUGAACCAUCAUCAAUGAACUCAGAGGCAUCAAGAAGCAAUCUGGAACUGUAUAUUGUUUUGGAUUGGCCAACGCGUUUGAAGAUUGCAGUUGGAGCUGCAAAUGGGCUAUGUUAUUUGCAUCAUGCCUGCUGUCCUGUCAUCAUUCACAGAGAUGUGAAAUCAAGCAAUAUUUUGUUAGACUCUGAGUUCAACGCCAAGAUAGCAGAUUUUGGACUAGCUAAGGUGACAAUCAAGGCCAAAGGACCUCACACUGCAUCUGCUAUUGCAGGCUCUUUUGGUUACAUAGCCCCAGAAUAUUGGCGUACAAAAAGGCUAGACGAAAAGAUUGAUGUCUACAGCUUUGGAGUUGUGCUUCUUGAGCUAACCACAGGAAAACAUCCCUGCAAGGGAAACGAUCAUUUGAACCUGGCAGACUGGUCAUGGAAGCAUUGUUGUGAGGAACAUCCCAUAACUGAUGCUUUAGAUGAGGAAAUCAAGGAACCAAGAUUCAUAGAACAGAUGGUGAAUGUGUUUAAGCUAGGUGUCAUGUGCACAAGCCAAACGCCUAAUUCAAGACCAACUAUGAAGCAAGUUGUUCAGCUCCUUAUUAAAUGGAGCCACGAUGAAGACCAUGAUCAGACACAAACGACUAAUGAGGCAUGAGUAUGUUGAAACUCGAAACCCUCCCCUGAUGUAGAAAGAAUUACUUGCAACUCAGCUCAAGGGCACACAAUUAAAGGAGAUUUGAGGUGAGUUGCAAGUAAAAUGAAACAGAGGAUGUAUGUCUUAGCUCUAGGAUCUACAACCAACUUCACCUACUAUAAGGAAAACCCUCUCUGAGUGAUGUAAAGGGGGGAAAUAUAAUUGGUCGUUAUUCAGCAGUCACUCCUAUGUACAUAUAUUAUCUCUAUAUGUAACACUUCCCAGCAUCAGAAGGGAAUUAUAUAACUUUUGAGAUGUAAAAUCA